GCACCGCCCGCCAAUUUUGAAUGGUGAACCAUAAGUAUAAUUAAUUAAUGAUGAGAUUCCCAUGAAACGGGCAAAGAUCAGCUAAUAUAACACUGUAGAUCGCCCAGCCUUGCCAUUCUCAUUUCGUAUGUAAACCAAAUGAUAGCAAACAAAACGAGUAAUUGUUUAAUCCAACAGCCCCAUGCAUCUUGCCUAAUUUGGAGCUAUACUGGUUUAAUUACAUGAGAAAAUCGGGUACAAAAUCCUCUUUAUAGUAAAAAAAACUCUUUAUUUGUUCUUUUUAAUUUUUAUUUCAACAAUACAUAAACUCAUAUAGAAAUAAGAAGGGGCAACCUGAUAAUGUUUGCACACUUUUUUUGUUGUUUGUUUUUUGUUUGUUUUCCUUUGAUAUCAUCGAUUUCAGAUGAGAGGGACAUAAUACUUUGGCUAGUUGAACCCUACUUUUUAAUUCUCAUUAGUCUAUUUGUGUCAUUUUUUCUGCGUUCUCUUCUCACUCAAAAUUUAAAACAAUUUGGACAAAAGGAAUGAAUUAAUUAUGAUCUACACAAUCACAUCCAUGUUGUUACAUUCUGAGGGAAAAAAGCUUAUCAAAACACAUUUUCCUCAGGUAAGCUUAUCAUAUAUUAAUUUCAUGAUACGACAAUAAUGUAAUGAUACAUCUCCUUCAUUUUAAUUCAAAAUCGUACGAAGAACCCGUUAAUUAUGAUAUACAAUGAUCAUAUUGUGUCAUGCAGGAAAUACUAGCAUUUAAAAUUAAAAUUUUAAAUAUGAAGGGGAAAAACAAGCAAGAAUUGUUGAAAGGUGGGCACUCGGCAAUUAAUUUGAAUAAUAAUAAUAAUAUUUAUAAUUAUAUAUGGCACGCCAUGUGUUCUUUCCAUUCCUAUAUAAAGGGCUGCAAGGAGAAAGCUAAAACCUCACCAAACUUACAAGCAUCUUUAAAGCACUCUAUAUUCUUCAGCACCAGCAGUAAUCUCUCCUCUCCCAUCCGUACGUCUCAGAUAUGGCGGCCGCCUUCUCCAACAAAACAGCCGCCGGCACUACUCUGGCGCCGGCAACUGCUCAAGAGAGGCGUACGGCAGACUUCCAUCCGACUGUCUGGGGUGACUUCUUCAUCACUCGCGUCUUCAAUGACCAAGAGACCGUAGACGGGUGGAACGUGCGGAUCGAAGCGCUGAAGGAAAACGUAAAGGCGAUGCUGUCAGCUCCGACGGCGACGUCGGCGAAGCUGAAGCUGAUCGACGUGGUGGAGAGGCUGGGCAUCGGCUAUCAUUUCGAAGAAGAGAUCGAAGAGCAGCUCCGCGAGAUCCAUGUCAAUCAUCCUAACGACGGCGACGGCGACCUCUUCACCGUCGCGCUCCAGUUCAGGCUGCUCAGGCAACAAGGCUACAAUGUGCCCAAUGACAUAUUCAAGAAGUUUCAGAACGAAGACGGGACCUUCAGGAAGGAGCUGGCAAAGGACGUCGAAGCGACGAUGAGCCUGUACGAAGCCGCGUACCUCCGCAUGCACGGAGAGACGAUACUGGACCAGGCCAUCGAGUUCACCACAGCCGAGCUCACCAGUUUCAGCUCCGAGGCUGCAGCUACUGAACACGAGGAGGACCAACAGCGCAAGCUGUUGGCCCAACGAGUGGCUCAUCUUCUGAGGAGGCCCCUGCGCAAAGGCGUCGAGAGGCACGAGCAGCUCUUCUUCAUAUCCGUGUACGAGCAGAUGGAGGGCCACGACCACGUCCUCCUGAAGCUGGCUAAGCUGAGCUGGAACGUCCUGCAACACCUGUACCAUCAGGAGCUCAGGAGCAUUACGCAGUGGUGGAUCGAUCUGGACUUUGCAACCAAACUGUCCUUCGCACGAGACAGAUUGAUCGAGGUCUACUUCUGGGCCCUGGGAGCCAUGUGGGAGCCCAAGUUUUCGAUGGCUCGAUACAUUCUCUCGAAAAUCACCAUGCUCGUGUCCAUCAACGAUGACAUAUACGACGUCCAUGGCACCAUCGACGAACUCGAGCAUUUCACCGAUACCGUACAGAGAUGGGACACUAGCAUGAAGGAUCUCCCAGAGUACCUGAAACUGUUUUAUGGAGCAAUUAUUGAUGUGUUGGAGGAAGUAGACACCAUUACUACCAGAGAAGGAAGGCCCUACUGCCUGGACUAUGGAAAGCAGGCGGAAAAGAAUCAAAUGAAGGCAUACCUGACAGAAGCAAGAUGGUUUGCUAAAGGGGAGGUACCGACGAUAGAGGAAUACCGGCGAAUAGGGGUCUACUCUUGUACUUACCCUUUACUGGCCUACUCAGCCCUCGCCGGUUUGGGCGACAAGGCACCGAAGGAGGCGUUCGAUUGGGUGCUCGCCGAUCCCAAGAUCCUCGUCGCCGUCUCAGAUCACUGUCGUCUUAUGGAUGACAUCGUAUCUCACGAGUUCGAGCAGGAAAGAGGACAUGUCUCUUCGGCUGUGGAGUGUUACAUGAACCAACACAAGGUGUCGAGGGUCGAGGCGGUCGAGGCGCUGAACCAGAUGGUGGAGGACGACUGGAAGGUCAUAAACGAGGCGUGCCUGCUGGUCAACCGGCCCGAUUUCAUCACUAAGGAAGUCAUCUCGAUGUUCGUCGGGCUGGCGAGGGUGAUGGAGGUUCUCUACAAGGAUUUCGACAGCUACACCUUCUCCAACACCACCACCAUGGAUAUGAUGACUGCUCUGCUCGUCACUCCCAUGGAGGUCGGCCCUCGUUGAUGAACUACUGCUAGCUACUUUGCACAUGCCUGCUGCUGGGAGGACGACGAAUAAGAAUGGGAUCUUUUGUUGGUCUCUUUUGUUUUUAUUUCCUUUUUCCUCAGUGAUCAUGUUGUCCUUUGUUAUAUUAUUAUCCAUGUCCUUGAGCUUUGUGAUCCGUUUUAUGCCUUUUAUUAUAGUAAUUCUGGUGAUGAAUGUUAUGUCUGUUUUUGUUUUAUAAUUAUCUUCAGCUUUGGUUCACUCUUCUUUUCUUUAUGAAAUCAAAAGAAAGGCCGACCCAUUCACAGCAACCCGACAGUAUUGUUAAUUAAUUAAAACAAGCCCCAUAAAUACAAAACUGGUCUAUACUGCGGGAUGAGCAACAAAGAUAUAGAACAAAGCAUAUACUGCAGAAUGAACAAUGAGCGUGUGUAAGUAACUAACACCUUGAACUUGAAGCCCUCUAGAGAGAAGCAGUCUAGUUUGUAAUGUAAGUCAUAUCGCGGUUAAUACUAUGAGAUAAUAACUAAUCAUAACUUUAUUGUAAACUAGUAUGAUUUGUAGCUAAAAAGAAGAGAGGAAGUGAUAAGAGUCCGAGCUCGUGAAAGUUUAGGUUCUUUUGUUAAAGUCGCGCAGCUUCGAUAUUUUUAGAGUUUUUUUUCUGAAUUUUCUUUCAACACUCAAAAAGUAAACGAUAUGGCGGAAUUGUCGUGCAACUUCAAACCAAAUCGGGAAGAGGCUCGAACAAUAUAAAUGGGUAGCAACUCGACCACAAUCAAGGAGAAUACUUGAUUGAUACAGAGCUCGCUCGAAUUCUGGAGAUCCACCAACAAACAAGUUCAAAAUCCACGAGUAAAAACUCAAUGAACCGAAAAGGGUUUUUCCAUUAUCAAAGUCUGAAUAAUCUGAAUAGUCUACUAAAAUUCGUGGCUUACAACCCUUUGAAUAGAUAUGAAAAAUAAACCUAAUAAAAACAUCAAAAAGGAAAAGAAUUCUAAACGAAGAAGUUAUCUAGAGAUAUAAAGAGAAGAACUUUCAUAGAGAGAGAAGAAGCUUCAUAGGGAGAGAAAGAGUACAUGAUUUGUAAUGCAAGUCAAAUUAUCGUUUUGUACCAACACUUCUCUCUCCCGGAAUCAAUUAUGGAGCUUCGGUCUGAUAGGUAGAUAACUUCCUUUCUCUUAUAAGUUGCCAUCAUUAUUAUGGCCAAACCCGAUGUUUCUCAUCAUGAGCGCCAUCGUCAUUAAUGGUCACCUCACAGGCUAACUUCAGACUUCAGAGAGAAUAAACUUGUAGACUUUUAUGAUAUGAUUUGUGUACUUUAUUUUAUUCGUUUGUAUGUUUUUAUGAUAUGAGUUUUUAUAAUUUUUUAAUAUUAAUUUGUAUACAAAAUUACAUAAUUUUGUAUCCUUUAUAUUAUUGGCUUGUAUAUUUUUAUCGUCUAAUUUGUGUAAUUUUAUAUUUGGUUUUCAUACAUUUUAAAUUUUUUUUUUUUGGGUGAGAUCAUACAUUUUAAUCUAGUUUUCCAUAUUUAUCAACAUGAUUUACGCUAUUUAUUAAUUUGGCUUGAAUUGUUUGUAAAUCUAAUUAAUACGAUGUAUGUUUAGUUAUAAUUUUGUAAAUAUUCAAGUAUUAGUUGGUAAUAUUUUGAAUUUAAUGUUAUUUUUUUAUAUAUGAUGUACUCUCUAUAACAUUCAAACUACCCUUACUACUCAUUACCUUUCCCUUUUAUAUGCAUCCUAAUCUUGAAGGUAUUUUAAUAUUUGAUAUAAGUUGGGAAAGGAUUUAGUUAUUUGACUAAAUCGUCUGCCGUAAUCACCAGAUCCGCAAAAUCAAUUAUAUGUCUGGAUUAAUAUUGUUUGUUUAGUUAGCACUCCCCCAAUAAAAUUAUCAGUUGAUGACGCACAUUGUGGCUUCUUAACAUAUAUGGACAGGAUAUGUACAGCUAAUUAAUUUUAUGCUUAAUCGAUUGCAAGUGGUUUAUUAAUUAUCAUUACUAAAAGACAGAAAGGGUUUCCCGGCAGGUACAACGUGCGAGUUUCCGGCUAACAAACAAAAAGAACGGCACCCAAAUUUGGAAUCUUGAUCUGAUCUAUACAAACGGCAGUCCUCGCCCAUAUUUUGGAAUAUUUAUCUGAUCUAGACAAAAUGUGUAAACAAUUCAUUCUAUAUUUGCCCAAAUUAAUAUUUGCGCAUCUCGAUUAUUAGCCAGCCUAGCCUUAGCACCAGGAGGAUAAUCUAACCAAUGACUGACAAACAAGCCAACAAAAGAUCUGAGUUACGUUUAUUUUGAUUCGACAUGGGCAAUUCGAUUAUGUUGCUCAGAGAGCGUGCUUGCGAAUUUACUCACACAAGUGGGCGGUUGGAUCUCAUGUUGAGUUGAAUGGAAGCGGUGAUAAUUUAUUCAUCAUUUACUGUUUGCGAAUUUGCUCACAAGUGUCCACGAGUCAAAGAAAUUAUAGGAUAGUAC